AUGGCUUCACAUUUGCAUGGAAAGGCUGCCUUCCAUUGCACCAGGCAAAGCGUGAAGCAACGGCUGCGCUCCAUCUAUCUGGGGAAAACAAGCCAGAAGGUGCCCAAGUCCAGGCACCCGUCCAUCCGGAUUCCUCACUCCCAGCGGGGAAUCUACAACUCUAAAAGGGGAAAGCCCACCGCGGAUGGCAAAUGCCCCGUUGGGAGCGACUUUCCGCGAAACACGAACUCACGUGGCACGCCACUUGGGGUUUCGAGCCUGACGUAUCAGAUCAAUAAGUUGCUCCUCGCCGGCCCAGAAGGCACAGCCGUAAACCGCUACGCUGACCACCGACAUCAACAGCCAGCUCUUGAACAGGCAACUCCAGAGGAAGAAGGCUUGCAACAGCUGAGCAGGAGAGAGGAAGGAGACUGGCGCCUCAAUCCGGGUUACAACCUGGAAUCUCAACAUCAGAGAACCACAACGAAGGCACGUUCCCAAAACCUGACCAGACCGAGGCCCAUGUCGGCAAAAGAGUGCUACAGGAAUGCUUGGAACCAUCUUUUUAGUGGCGAGGGGGAUCAGACCACAGAGAAAGAAGAUGCUGAGGAAAACAGGCCCGAGCUGAGUGCCGGCAGCAAGGCUGCCAUCAUUCAAACCCGAAGUGCCAUUGUCGUUCCGACCAUUGCUCCGUACUUCUCCAACGAAAACCUGGCAGCAGAGGGGCCUCCCUGCAACACCGCUGACCAGUUUCGCACCAAGAUGAAGCAGCAUGGGCUUUUCAAUACCGGUUUUACCCAACCAAGGCCAGGAGAGAUGUUGACGGGGAGUCUUGCACAAGAGAGAGGGCUGGCAAACGAUUUCACAGCCCUCCGGAGCAGAAGGUUUGAGGCCCUGGGUAUGGAUGCGUGGUAG